GUCACUGCCUGUCUUAUAAAGAGCUCACAGCAUUACUCUAUUGAGAUGCUCUCUACUUUUCAUUGAGGAAACUCAACCUUUUCAGAGUCAUGUGUCGAAUAAUGGCUUCUCACAAGAUCCUGAGCACCCAGGGGAACGGCCCUACUCGUCGAGCUCUGUUUGGCCCAGUUGACCACGAGCAGCUGCAGAGAGAGUACCAGGCUGCCCUUCGGAAAGAUUUGGAAGAGGCCUCGCACCGCUGGGGCUUCGAUUUCCUGUCAGACAAGCCUCUGGACAGCAGUGACUUCCAGUGGGAGGGAAUACCAGGAACCAAGGUGCCGCUGCUGUACAGAUCUUGCAUGUAUGGUCUGGGACAGGCUGGAGGUCGGAGGGUGGCAGCAGUUGCGCUCAAAGGUGGAAAGAUGGGGUCGUCGGAGAACGAUAAAGAGAACAUCCCCCGGACGCCAGAGAGAUGUGCUAAACUCAACCUUGAAAAAGUGGAGAAAAUGCCAAAGAGAGGAGGGAACAGAGGGCUGAAGAGGAAGCAGACAAACCUUACAGAUUUCUAUCAGGCUAAAAAAAGAGUUGUUGGGAUGCAGCGGAAAUCUGGCGAGUGAUUCUAAUCGCAAAGGUGCCAAAACAUCAAAAAGAACCACACAGACACUCAGGAAAACAACACUGUGCAAACUCACAGACUCUGCAGUUACUCAUCAGGGGGUCCUGUGCCAAGUGAUUCAUCCGACAACAGAAGGGACCUCAGCUACAUAUCUUCACUACGGUUAAUUAGGGUACUGUAUCAAUCCUGGGAUUGGG